AUGACAAAAACAAAUCGAUGCUCCGUGUGUCAAAAAGAACUUGGAACAAGUUAUUGCACAGGAUGUGGAGUCUAUUUUUGUACGAAAGAUUUCAAAAGUCAUCGAAGCACUUUAUUUAGUGAAAUGGAUGUAGUCAUUGAACUUCGUAAUGAACUUCAAGAUAAAAUUAAUAAAACAAUAUACCAUGAUGAUUUAUAUGGUCCACUUUUUGAACAAAUUGACCAAUGGCAGAAUAUGAUGACUGAAAAAGUAAAUCUAGUAGCUGAGCAUAUUCGUCAACAAGUUUCUCAAUUAUUAAAUUCGAAACGAGUUAAACUAAGUAAUGAUUUUAAGAGUUUUUCACAAGAAUUAAUUCAUUUAAAGGAAACAGAAAAUUUUGUUGAAUACGAUUUAACACGUUUGAAAUAUAUCAUUCAUCAAUUUAAUCAUGAAUUGAAACAGUUAACUAAACCAUGCACCAUUGAAUUGCAUACAGAACGAAGUGAUCGGAUUGUUUGGAGUCAACUUAUUUAUGCUGAAGAAAAGUCAACGUACGCUGGAAUCCAACAGCGACAGCAACAUGUAAAAGGUAAGAUGAUCAUAUAAGCACUGCAGAGAUAUUUUGAAAAUUCGAUGUCCGAUCAUUUUGAGACUUUAAGCUUAUGGUCAUUUGUUUUUCAAUUAUAAACUACUGAUUCCAGGGUAAAAAUAUAAACUGUAAAUAGAACUAUAGAACAAGCUAGUGGUGUUACUGUUCUUAUAAUCUACUAUCUGGAAAAGUAGUUUUUUUUUGUUAGAUUCAUAAGAAUGAUCUUCUUCAUUUAGAAGACGAAGAAGCUAGUGCAAUCUCUCCGCGAAAACAACCACCUGAGAAUUAUUUGUUUUCUAUAAGAUUUCUGAUGAAGUGACAAAUCUAAAAUCUUGUCUGUUAAAUAGCCCAAUAAAUAAACGAAGUUCUUGUUAUAAUCAUUCUUGUGUCAUCUAAACUUUCCUUAGAAAAUUCAUGCAAACUAUUUGUCUUAAGGUGAAUUAAAUAAUCGAAAAUAAUCUUGGCGGUCGGCCAUGUCGUAAAUGUAAUGGCAAUUCAUUUAUUGCGUGUGAAAUUUGCUCACCUAUCUUACGUAAUCUUUACAAUGAUUUCAUUUAUAAAUUUUGUUUUUUUUGGCAUACAAAUUAUCUUUUUUGUUAGUUGAUUAAAGAUUACAUACUAACCGAAGGAUAGUCAAAAUAGUUUCAUUCACAUUUUGUAUUGAUUUUCAAAAGUUAAUAUCUAAGUGAGAUAUUAUACGGACAGCACAUAGUUGAUGAAGAACUAAUUACCAAUGGAUCUAUCCAUCUAUUUUGUGAAUUUCACAAUAAAAGUUUCUAAUUAAAUACUUGAAGAACCAAUGUGGUAAAUGAAUGAUGAGAAUCAAAGUUAUAUUCAAUUAUUUCAUUCAAUAUGACCAAAUAUAUCCCUGAUGAAGCGCUAUUUUGAAAAGUGACUGUCAAUUGAAUAAACU